CCCGAUUCUCCCGCUUUCCAUCACGCCGCCCCAUUCUCCCUCUUUCCAUCACCCCGCCCCAUUCUCCCUCUUUCUAUCACCCGACCCAUUCUCCCGCUUUCCAUCACCCCGGCCCAUUCUCCCGCUUUCCAUCCCCCGCCCCAUUCUCUCGCUUCCCAUCACCCCGCCCCAUUCUCCCUCUUUCCCUCACCCACCCCAUUUCUCCCUCUUUCCAUCACCAGCCCAUUUCUCCCUCUUUCCAUCACCCCGCCCCAUUCUCCCUCUUUCCAUCACCCCGCCCCAUUCUCCCUCUUUCCAUCACCUCGCCCCAUUCUCCCGCUUUCCAUCGCCCCGCCCCAUUCUUCCGCUUUCCAUCACCCCGCCCCAUUCUUCCUCUUUCCAUCACCCCGCCCCAUUCUCCCGAUUUCCAUCACCCCGCCCCAUUCUCCCGCUUCCAUCGCCCCGCCCCAUUCUCCCGCUUUCCAUCGUCCCGCCCAUUCUCCCACUUUCCAUCACCCUGCCCCAUUCUCCCUCUUUCCAUCACCCUGCCCCAUUCUCCCUCCUUCCAUCGCCCCGCUCCAUUCUCCCUCUUUCCAUCGCCCCGCCCAUUCUCCCUCUUUCCUUCGCCCCGCCCAUUCUCCCUUUUUCCAUCGCCCCGCCCCAUUCUCCAGCUUUCCAUCACCCUGCCCCAUUCUCCCUCUUUCAAUCGCCCCGCCCCGUUCUCCCGCUUUCCAUCGCCCCGCCCCGUUCUCCUGCUUUCCAUCACCCGCCCCAUUCUCCCGCUUUCCAUCACCCCGCCCCAUUCUCCCGCAUUCCAUCACCCCGCCCUAUUCUUCCGCUUUCCAUCACCCCGCCCCAUUCUCCCACUUCCCAUCACCCCGCCCCCAUUCUCCCUCUUUCCAUCGCCCCGCCCCAUUCUCCCGCUUUCCAUCUCCCCGCCCCAUUCUCCCGCUUUCAUCACCCCGCCCCAUUCUCCCGCUUUCCAUCACCCCGCCCCAUUCUCCCGCUUUCAAUCACCCCGCCCCAUUCUCCCGCUUUCCAUCGCCCCGCCCCAUUCUCCCACUUUCCAUCACCCCGCCCCAUUCUCCCGCUUUCCAUCGCCCCACCCCAUUCUCCCGCUUUCCAUCGCUCCGCCCCAAUCUCCCGCUUUCCAUCACCCCGCCCCAUUCUCCCUCUUUCCAUCACCCCUCCCCAUUCUGCCUCUUCCCAUCGCCCCGCCCCAUUCUCCCUCUUUCCAUCACCCCGCCCCAUUCUCCCGCUUUCCAUCACCCCGCCUCAUUCUCCCUCUUUCCAUCGCCCCGCCCCCAUUCUCCCGCUUUCCAUCGCCCCGCCCCAUUCUCCCUCUUUCCAUCACCCAGCCCUAUUCUCCCUCUUUCCAUCACCUUGCCCCAUUCUCCCUCUUUCCAUCACCCAGCCCCAUUCUCCCUCUUUCCAUCACCCCGCCCCAUUCUCCCUCUUUCCAUCACCCCGCCCAAUUCUCCCGCUUUCCAUCACCCCGCUUCAUUCUCCCUCUUUCCAUCGCCCCGCCCCAUUCUCCCUCUUUCCAUCGCCCCGCCCUAUUUUCCCGCUUUCCAUCUCCCCGCCCCAUUCUCCCGCUUUCCAUCACCCCGCCCCAUUCUCCCGCUUUCCAUCACCUCGCCCCAUUCUCCCUCUUUCCAUCACCCUGCCCCAUUCUCCCUCUUUCCAUCAUCCAGCCCCAUUCUCCCUCUUUCCAUCACCCUGCCCCAUUCUCCCUCUUUUCAUCACCCAGCCCCAUUCUCCCGCUUUCCAUCACCCCGCCCCAUUCUCCCGCUUUCCAUCACGCUGCCCCAUUCUCCCUCUUUCCAUCACCCCGCCCCAUUCUCCCGCUUUCCAUCACCCUGCCCCAUUCUCCCGUUUUUCACCCAGCCUCAUUCUCCCUCUUUCCAUCACCCAGCCCCAUUCUCCCUCUUUCCACCCCGCCCCAUUCUCCCGCUUUCCAUCUCCCCGCCCCAUUCUCCCUCAUUCCAUCACCUAGCCCCAUUCUCCUGCUUUCCAUCACUCCGCCUCGUCCCUCUUUCCAUCACACCGCCCCAUCCAUCACCCCGCACCAUUCUCCCUCUUGCCAUCACCCCGCCCCAUUCUCCCUCUUUUCCAUCACCCCGCCCCAUUCUCCCUCUUUCCAUCACCCCGCCCCAUUCUCCCGCUUUCCAUCACCCCGCACCAUUUCCCGCUUUCCAUCACCCCGCCCCAUUCUCUUGCUUUCCAUCACCCUGCCCCAUUCUCCCGCUUUCCAUCACCUGGUCCCAUUCUCCCUCUUUCCAUCACCCCGCCCUAUUCUCCCUCUUUCCAUUUAUCACCCAGCCCAUUUCUCCCUCUUUCCAUCACCCCGCCUCAUUCUCCCUCUUUCCAUCACCCCGCCCUAUUUUCCCUCUUUCCAUCACCCCGCCCCAUUCUCCCGCUUUCCAUCACCCCGCCCCAUUCUCCCCCUUUCCAUCACCCCGCCCCGUUCUCCAGCUUUCCAUUACCCGCCCCGUUCUCCCGCUUUCUAUCACCCUGACCCGUUCUCCCGCUUUCCAUCACCCCGACCCGUUCUCCCGCUUUCCAUCACCCCGCCCUGUUCUCCCGCUUUCCAUCACCCCCGCCCCGUUCUCCCGCUUUACAUCACCCCGCCGCGAUCUCCCGCUUUCCAUCACCCCGCCCCAUUCUCCCUCUUUACAUCACCCCGCCCCAUUCUCCCUCUUUCCAUCACCCAGCCCAUUCUCCCGCUUUCCAUCACGCCGCCCCGUUCUCCCUCUUUCCAUCACCCCGCCCCAUUCUCCCGAUUUCCAUCACCCCGCCCCAUUCUCCCGCUUUCCAUCACCCCGCCCCAUUCUCUCGCUUCCCAUCACCCCGCCCCAUUCUCCCUCUUUCCCUCAGCGAGCCCAUUUCUCCCUCUUUCCAUCACCCAGCCCAUUUCUCCCUCUUUCCAUCACCCCGCCCCAUUCUCCCUCUUUCCAUCACCCUGCCCCAUUCUCCCUCUUUCCAUCACCCCGCCCCAUUCUCCCGCUUUCCAUCGCCCCGCCCCAUUCUUCCGCUUUCCAUCACCCCGCCCCAUUCUCCCUCUUUCCAUCACCCCGCCCUUUUCUCCUGCUUUCCAUCACCCCCGCCCCAUUCUCCCGCUUUCCAUCGCCCUGCCCCAUUCUCCCGCUUUCCAUCGUCCCGCCCAUUCUCCCACUUUCCAUCACCCCGCCCCAUUCUCCCUCUUUCCAUCACCCUGCCCCAUUCUCCCUCCUUCCAUCGCCCCGCCUCAUUCUCCCUCUUUCCAUCGCCCCGCCCCAUUCUCCCUCUUUCCAUCGCCCCGCCCCAUUCUUCCUCUUUCCAUCGCCCCGCCCCAUUCUCCAGCUUUCCGUCACCCUGCCCCAUUCUCCCUCUUUCAAUCGCCCCGCCCCGUUCUCCUGCUUUCCAUCGCCCCGCCCCGUUCUCCUGCUUUCCAUCACCCGCCCCAUUCUCCCGCUUUCCAUCACCCCGCCCCAUUCUCCCUCUUUCCAUCACCCAACCCCAUUCUCCCUCUUUCCAUCACCCCGCCCGAUUCUCCCUCUUUCCAUCACCCCGCCCAUUCUCCCUCUUUCCAUCACCCCGCCCCAUUCUCCCUCUUUCCAUCGCCCCGCCCCGUUCUCUCGCUUUCCAUCGCCCCGUCCCAUUCUCCCUCUUUCCAUUGCCCCGCCCCAUUCCCCCGCUUUCCAUCACCCCGCCCCAUUCUCUAUCUUUCCAACACCCCGCCCCGUUCUCCCUCUUUCCAUUACCCCGCCCCGUUUUCCCGCUUUCCAUCACCCCGCCCCAUUCUCCCGCUUUCCAUCACCCCGCCCCAUUCUCCCUCUUUCCAUCACCCAGCCCCAUUCCCCUUCUUUCAAACACCCCGCCCCAUUAUCCCGCUUUCCAUCACCCAGCCCCAUUCUCCCUCUUUCCAUCACCCCGCCCCAUUCUCCCUCUUCCCAUCACCCAGCCCCAUUCUCCCGCUUUCCAUCACCCAGCCCCUCCAUCACCCAGCCCCAUUCUCCCUCUUCCCAUCACCCAGCCCCAUUCUCCCUCUUUCCAUCACCCUGCCCCAUUCUCCCUCUUUCCAUCACCCAGCCCCAUUCUCCCGCUUUCCAUCACCCCGCCCCAUUCUCCCUCUUUCCAUCACCCCGCCCCAUUCUCCCGCUUUCCAUCACCCCGCCCCAUUUUCCCGCUUUCCAUCACCCCGCCCCAUUCUCUUGCUUUCCAUCACCCUGCCCCAUUCUACCACUUUCCAUCACCCGGUCCCAUUCUCCCUCUUUCCAUCACCCCGCCCUAUUCUCCCUCUUUCCAUUGAUCACCCAGCCCAUUUCUCCCUCUUUCCAUCACCCCGCCCCAUUCUCCCUCUUUCCAUCACCCCGCCCUAUUUUCCCUCUUUCCAUCACCCCGCCCCAUUCUCCCGCUUUCCAUCACCCCGCCCCAUUAACCCCCCUUUCCAUCACCCCGCCCCGUUCUCCCGCUUUCCAUCACCCCGCCCCGUUCUCCCCCUUUCCAUCACCCCGACCCGUUCUCCCGCUUUCCAUCACCCCGACCCGUUCUCCCGCUUUCCAUCACCCCGCCCGGUUCUCCCGCUUUCCAUCACCCACCCCGUUCUCCCGCUUUCCAUCACCCCGCCGCGAUCUCCCGCUUUCCAUCACCACGCCCCAUUCUCCCUCUUUACAUCACCCCGCCCCAUUCUCCCUCUUUCCAUCACCCAGCCCCAUUCUCCCGCUUUCCAUCACCCCGCCCCAUUCUCCCGCUUUCCAUCGCCCCGCCCCAUUCUCCCGCUUUCCAUUGCCCCGCCCCAUUCUCCAUCUUUCCAUCGCCCCGCCCCAUUCUCCCGCUUUCCAUCGCCCCGCCCCAUUCUCCCUCUUUCCAUCACCCAGCCCCAUUCUCCCGCUUUCCAUCACCCAGCCCCUCCAUCACCCAGCCCCAUUCUCCCUCUUCCCAUCACCCAGCCCCAUUCUCCCUCUUUCCAUCACCCUGCCCCAUUCUCCCUCUUUCCAUCACCCAGCCCCAUUCUCCCGCUUUCCAUCACCCCGCCCCAUUCUCCCUCUUUCCAUCACCCCGCCCCAUUCUCCCGCUUUCCAUCACCCCGCCCCAUUUUCCCGCUUUCCAUCACCCCGCCCCAUUCUCUUGCUUUCCAUCACCCUGCCCCAUUCUACCGCUUUCCAUCACCCGCCCAUUUCUCCCUCUUUCCAUCACCCCGCCCCAUUCUCCCUCUUUCCAUCACCCCGCCCUAUUUUCCCUCUUUCCAUCACCCCGCCCCAUUCUCCCGCUUUCCAUCACCCCGCCCCAUUAACCCCCCUUUCCAUCACCCCGCCCCGUUCUCCCGCUUUCCAUCACCCCGCCCCAUUCUCCCGCUUUCCAUCACCCCGACCCCCCCAUUCUCCCGCUUUCCAUCACCCCGCCCCAUUCUCCCGCUUUCCAUCGCCCCGCCCCAUUCUCCCGCUUUCCAUUGCCCCGCCCCAUUCUCCAUCUUUCCAUCGCCCCGCCCCAUUCUCCCGCUUUCCAUUGCCCCGCCCCAUUCUCCAUCUUUCCAUCACCCAGCCCCAUUCACCCGCUUUCCAUCACCCCGCCCCAUUCUCCCUCUUUCCAUCACCCCGCCCCAUUCUCCCAAUUUCCAUCACCCCGCCCCAUUCUCCCUCUAUCCAUCACCCCACCCCAUUCUCCCUCUUUCCAUCACCCAGCCCCAUUCUCCCUCUUUCCAUUACCCUGCCCCGUUCUCCCUCUUUCCAUCACCCCGCCCCAUUCUCCCUCUUUCCAUCACCCCGCCCCAUUCUCCUGCUUUGCAUCUCCCCGCCCCAUUCUCCUGCUUUCCAUCACCCCGCCCCAUUCUCCCGCUUUCCAUCACCCCGCCCCAUUCUCCCGCUUUCCAUCACCCCGCCCCAUUCUCCCACUUUCAAUCACCCCGCCCCAUUCUCCCGCUUUCCAUCACCCCGCCCCAUUCUCCCGCUUUCUAUCACCCCGCCCCAUUCUCCCGCUUUCCAUCGCCCCGCCCCAUUCUGCCUCUUCCCAUCGCCCCGCCCCAUUCUCCCUCUUUCCAUCACCCCGCCCCAUUCUCCCACUUUCCAUCACCCCGCCUCAUUCUCCCUCUUUCCAUCGCCCCGCCCCAUUCUCCCGCUUUCCAUCGCCCCGCCCCAUUCUCCCUCUUUCCAUCACCCAGCCCCAUUCUCCCUCUUUCCAUCACCCAGCCCCUCCAUCACCCAGCCCCAUUCUCCCUCUUCCCAUCACCCAGCCCCAUUCUCCCUCUUUCCAUCACCCCGCCCCAUUCUCCCUCUUUCCAUCACCCAGCCCCAUUCUCCCGCUUUCCAUCACCCCGCCCCAUUCUCCCGCUUUCCAUCGCCCCGCCCCAUUCUCCCGCUUUCCAUCGCCCCGCCCCAUUCUCCCUCUUUCCAUCACCCAGCCCCAUUCUCCCGCUUUCCAUCACCCCGCCCCAUUCUCCCUCUUUCCAUCACCCCGCCCCAUUCUCCCUCUUUCCAUCACCCCGCCCUAUUUUCCCUCUUUCCAUCACCCCGCCCCAUUCUCCCGCUUUCCAUCACCCCGCCCCAUUAACCCCCCUUUCCAUCACCCCGCCCCGUUCUCCCGCUUUCCAUCACCCCGCCCCGUUCUCCCGCUUUCCAUCACCCCGACCCGUUCUCCCGCUUUCCAUCACCCCGACCCGUUCUCCCGCUUUCCAUCACCCCGCCCGGUUCUCCCGCUUUCCAUCACCCACCCCGUUCUCCCGCUUUCCAUCACCCCGCCGCGAUCUCCCGCUUUCCAUCACCACGCCCCAUUCUCCCUCUUUACAUCACCCCGCCCCAUUCUCCCUCUUUCCAUCACCCAGCCCCAUUCUCCCGCUUUCCAUCACCCCGCCCCAUUCUCCCGCUUUCCAUCGCCCCGCCCCAUUCUCCCGCUUUCCAUUGCCCCGCCCCAUUCUCCAUCUUUCCAUCGCCCCGCCCCAUUCUCCCGCUUUCCAUCGCCCCGCCCCAUUCUCCCUCUUUCCAUCACCCAGCCCCAUUCUCCCGCUUUCCAUCACCCAGCCCCUCCAUCACCCAGCCCCAUUCUCCCUCUUCCCAUCACCCAGCCCCAUUCUCCCUCUUUCCAUCACCCUGCCCCAUUCUCCCUCUUUCCAUCACCCAGCCCCAUUCUCCCGCUUUCCAUCACCCUGCCCCAUUCUCCCUCUUUCCAUCACCCCGCCCCAUUCUCCCGCUUUCCAUCACCCCGCCCCAUUUUCCCGCUUUCCAUCACCCCGCCCCAUUCUCUUGCUUUCCAUCACCCUGCCCCAUUCUACCGCUUUCCAUCACCCGGUCCCAUUCUCCCUCUUUCCAUCACCCCGCCCUAUUCUCCCUCUUUCCAUUGAUCACCCAGCCCAUUUCUCCCUCUUUCCAUCACCCCGCCCCAUUCUCCCUCUUUCCAUCACCCCGCCCUAUUUUCCCUCUUUCCAUCACCCCGCCCCAUUCUCCCGCUUUCCAUCACCCCGCCCCAUUAACCCCCCUUUCCAUCACCCCGCCCCGUUCUCCCGCUUUCCAUCACCCCGCCCCAUUCUCCCGCUUUCCAUCACCCCGACCCGUUCUCCCGCUUUCCAUCACCCCGACCCGUUCUCCCGCUUUCCAUCACCCCGCCCGGUUCUCCCGCUUUCCAUCACCCACCCCGUUCUCCCGCUUUCCAUCACCCCGCCGCGAUCUCCCGCUUUCCAUCACCACGCCCCAUUCUCCCUCUUUACAUCACCCCGCCCCAUUCUCCCUCUUUCCAUCACCCAGCCCCAUUCUCCCGCUUUCCAUCACCCCGCCCCAUUCUCCCGCUUUCCAUCGCCCCGCCCCAUUCUCCCGCUUUCCAUUGCCCCGCCCCAUUCUCCAUCUUUCCAUCGCCCCGCCCCAUUCUCCCGCUUUCCAUUGCCCCGCCCCAUUCUCCAUCUUUCCAUCACCCAGCCCCAUUCUCCCGCUUUCCAUCACCCCGCCCCAUUCUCCCUCUUUCCAUCACCCCGCCCCAUUCUCCCAAUUUCCAUCACCUCGCCCCAUUCUCCCUCUAUCCAUCACCCCACCCCAUUCUCCCUCUUUCCAUCACCCAGCCCCAUUCUCCCUCUUUCCAUUACCCUGCCCCGUUCGCCCCAUUCUCCCUCUUUCCAUCACCCCGCCCCAUUCUCCUGCUUUGCAUCUCCCCGCCCCAUUCUCCUGCUUUCCAUCACCCCGCCCCAUUCUCCCGCUUUCCAUCACCCCGCCCCAUUCUCCCGCUUUCCAUCACCCCGCCCCAUUCUCCCACUUUCAAUCACCCCGCCCCAUUCUCCCGCUUUCCAUCACCCCGCCCCAUUCUCCCGCUUUCCAUCACCCCGCCCCAUUCUCCCGCUUUCCAUCGCCCCGCCCCAUUCUGCCUCUUCCCAUCGCCCCGCCCCAUUCUCCCUCUUUCCAUCACCCCGCCCCAUUCUCCCACUUUCCAUCACCCCGCCUCAUUCUCCCUCUUUCCAUCGCCCCGCCCCAUUCUCCCGCUUUCCAUCGCCCCGCCCCAUUCUCCCUCUUUCCAUCACCCAGCCCCAUUCUCCCUCUUUCCAUCACCCAGCCCCUCCAUCACCCAGCCCCAUUCUCCCUCUUCCCAUCACCCAGCCCCAUUCUCCCUCUUUCCAUCACCCCGCCCCAUUCUCCCUCUUUCCAUCACCCAGCCCCAUUCUCCCGCUUUCCAUCACCCCGCCCCAUUCUCCCGCUUUCCAUCGCCCCGCCCCAUUCUCCCGCUUUCCAUCGCCCCGCCCCAUUCUCCCUCUUUCCAUCACCCAGCCCCAUUCUCCCGCUUUCCAUCACCCCGCCCCAUUCUCCCUCUUUCCAUCACCCCGCCCCGUUCUCCCGCUUUCCAUCACCCCGCCCCAUUUUCCCGCUUUCCAUCACCCCGCCCCAUUUUCCCGCUUUCCAUCACCCUGCCCCAUUCUACCGCUUUCCAUCACCCGGUCCCAUUCUCCCUCUUUCCAUCACCCCGCCCUAUUCUACCUCUUUCCAUUUAUCACCCAGCCCAUUUCUCCCUCUUUCCAUCACCCCGCCCCAUUCUCCCUCUUUCCAUCACCCCACCCUAUUUUCCCUCUUUCCAUCACCCCGCCCCAUUCUCCCGCUUUCCAUCGCCCCGCCCCAUUAACCCCCCUUUCCAUCACCCCGCCCCGUUCUCCCGCUUUCCAUCACCCCGCCCCGUUCUCCCGCUUUCCAUCACCCCGACCCGUUCUCCCGCUUUCCAUCACCCCGACCCGUUCUCCCGCUUUCCAUCACCCCGCCCGGUUCUCCCGCUUUCCAUCACCCGCCCCGUUCUCCCGCUUUCCAUCACCCCGCCGCGAUCUCCCGCUUUCCAUCACCACACCCCAUUCUCCCUCUUUACAUCACCCCGCCCCAUUCUCCCUCUUUCCAUCACCCAGCCCCAUUCUCCCGCUUUCCAUCACGCCGCCCCAUUCUCCCUCUUUCCAUCACCCCGCCCCAUUCUCCCGCUUUCCAUCACCCCACCCCAUUCUCCCGCUUUCCAUCACCCCGGCCCAUUCUCCCGCUUUCCAUCACCCCGCCCCAUUCUCUCUCUUCCCAUCACCCCGCCCCAUUCUCCCUCUUUCCCUCACCCAGCCCAUUUCUCCCUCUUUCCAUCACCCAGCCCAUUUCUCCCUCUUUCCAUCACCCCGCCCCAUUCUCCAUCUUUCCAUCACCCCGCCCCAUUCUCCCUCUUUCCAUCACCCCGCCCCAUUCUCCCGCUUUCCAUCGCCCCAACCCAUUCUUCUGCUUUCCAUCACCCCGCCCCAUUCUCCCUCUUUCCAUCACCCCGCCCCAUUCUCCCGCUUUCCAUCACCCCGCCCCAUUCUCCCGCUUUCCAUCGCCCUGCCCCAUUCUCCCGCUUUCCAUUGUCCCGCCCCAUUAUCCCACUUUCCAUCGCCCCGCCCCAUUCUCCCUCUUUCUAUCGCCCCGCCCCAUUCUCCCUCUUUCCAUCGCCCCGCCCCAUGCUCCAGAUUUCCGUCACCCUGCCCCAUUCUCGCUCUUUCAAUCGCCCCGCCCUGUUCUCCCGCUUUCCAUCGCCCCGCCCUGUUCUCCCGCUUUCCAUCACCCCGCCCUGUUCUCCCACGUUCCAUCGCCCUGCCUCAUUCUCCCGCUUUCCAUCUCCCCGCCCCAUUCUCCCUCUUUCCAUCACCCCGCCCCAUUCUCCCGCUUUCCAUCUCCCCGCCCCAUUCUCCCGCUUUCAAUCACCCCGCCCCAUUCUCCCCCUUUCCAUCACCCCGCCCCAUUCUCCCGCUUUCCAUCACCCCGCCCCAUUCUCCCGCUUUCCAUCGCCCCGCCCCAUUCUCCCGCUUUCCAUCGCCCCGCCCCAUUCUCCCGCUUUCCAUCACCCCGCCCCAUUCUCCCGCUUUCCAUCACCCCGCUUCAUUCUCCCGCUUUCCAUCGCCCCGCCCCAUUCUCCCGCUUUCCAUCGCCCCGCCCCAAUCUCCCGCUUUCCAUCACCCCGCCCCAUUCUCCCUCUUUCCAUUGCCCCGCCCCAUUCUGCCUCUUCCCAUCGCCCCGCCCAUUCUCCCGCUUUCCAUCACCCCGCCCAUUCUCUCGCUUUCCAUCACCCCACCUCAUUCUCCCGCUUUCCUUCGCCCCGCCCCAUUCUCCCGCAUUCCUUCGCCCAGCCCCAUUCUCCCUCUUACCAUCACCCCGCCCCAUUCUCCCUCUUUCCAUCACCCCGCCCCAUUCUCCCUCGUUCCAUCACCCCGCCCCAUUCUCCCUCUUUCCAUCACCCCGCCCCAUUCUCCCGCUUUCCAUCACCCUGCCCCAUUCUCCCUCUUUCCAUCGCCCUGCCCCAUUCUCCCUCUUACCAUCGCCCCGCCCCAUUCUCCCUCUUUCCAUCACCCCGCCCCAUUCUCCCGCUUUCCAUCACCCCGCCCCAUUCCCCCUCUUUCCAUCGCCCCGCCCCAUUCUCCCUCUUUCCAUCACCCAGCCCCAUUCUCCCUCUUUCCAUCACCCAACCCCAUUCUCCCUCUCUCCAUCACCCCGCCCCAUUCUCCCUCUUUCCAUCACCCCGCCCCAUUCUCCCUCUUUCCAUCACCCCGCCCCAUUCUCCCUCUUUCCAUCACCCCGCCUCAUUCUCCCGCUUUCCAUCUCCCCGCCCCAUUCUCCCUCUUUCCAUCACUCCGCCCCAUUCUCCCGCUUUCCAUCUCCCCGCCCCAUUCUCCUGCUUUCAAUCACCCCGCCCCAUUCUCCCGCUUUCCAUCACCCCGGCCCAUUCUCCCGCUUUCCAUCACCCCGCCCCAUUCUCUCUCUUCCCAUCACCCCGCCCCAUUCUCCCUCUUUCCCUCACCCCGCCCCAUUCUCCCGCUUUCCAUCAACCCGCCCCAUUCUCCCGCUUUCCAUCACCCCGGCCCAUUCUCCCGCUUUCCAUCACCCCGCCCCAUUCUCUCUCUUCCCAUCACCCCGCCCCAUUCUCCCUCUUUCCCUCACCCAGCCCAUUUCUCCCUCUUUCCAUCACCCCGCCCCAUUCUCCCUCUUUCCAUCACCCCGCCCAUUCUCCCUCAUUCCAUCACCCCGCCCCAUUCUCCCGCUUUCCAUCACCCCGCCCCAUUCUCCCGCUUUCCAUCACCCCGGCCCAUUCUCCCGCUUUCCAUCACCCCGCCCCAUUCUCUCUCUUCCCAUCACCCCGCCCCAUUCUCCCUCUUUCCCUCACCCAGCCCAUUUCUCCCUCUUUCCAUCACCCCGCCCCAUUCUCCCGCUUUCCAUCGCCCCGCCCCAUUCUCCCGCUUUCCAUCGCCCCGCCCCAUUCUCCCGCUUUCCAUCGCCCCGCCCCAUUCUCCCGCUUUCCAUCACCCCGCCCCAUUCUCCCGCAUUCAAUCACCCCGCCCCAUUCUCCCGCUUUCCAUCACCCCGCUUCAUUCUCCCGCUUUCCAUCGCCCCGCCCCAUUCUCCCGCUUUCCAUCGCCCCGCCCCAUUCUCCCACUUUCCAUCGCCCCGCCCCAAUCUCCCGCUUUCCAUCACCCCGCCCCAUUCUCCCUCUUUCCAUCGCCCCGCCCCAUUCUGCCUCUUCCCAUCGCCCCGCCCAUUCUCCCGCUUUCCAUCACCCCGCCCAUUCUCCCGCUUUCCAUCACCCCGCCUCUUUCUCCCGCUUUCCUUCGCCCCGCCCCAUUCUCCCGCUUUCCUUCGCCCAGCCCCAUUCUCCCUCUUUCCAUCACCCCGCCCCAUUCUCCCUCUUUCCAUCACCCCGCCCCAUUCUCCCUCGUUCCAUCACCCCACCCCAUUCUCCCUCUUUCCAUCACCCCGCCCCAUUCUCCCGCUUUCCAUCACCCUGCCCCAUUCUCCCUCUUUCCAUCGCCCCGCCCCAUUCUCCCUCUUUCCAUCGCCCCGCCCCAUUCUCCCUCUUUCCAUCACCCCGCCCCAUUCUCCCGCUUUCCAUCACCCCGCCCCAUUCCCCCUCUUUCCAUCGCCCUGCCCCAUUCUCCCUCUUUCCAUCACCCAGCCCCAUUCUCGCUCUUUCCAUCACCCAACCCCAUUCUCCCUCUUUCCAUCACCCCGCCCCGUUCUCUCGUUUUCCAUCGCCCCGUCCCAUUCUCCCUCUUUCCAUUGCCCCGCCCUAUUUUCCUUCUUUCCAUCACCCCGCCCCAUUCUCCCGCUUUCCAUCACCCCCCCUUAUUCUCCCCCUUUCCAUCACCCCGCCCCGUUCUCCCGCUUUCCAUCACCCCGCCCCGUUCUCCCGCUUUCCAUCACCCCAACCCGUUCUCCCGCUUUCCAUCACCCCGACCCGUUCUCCCGCUUUCCAUCACCCCGCCCUGUUCUCCCGCUUUCCAUCACCCGCCCCGUUCUCCCGCUUUCCAUCACCCCGCCGCGAUCUCCCGCUUUCCAUCACCACGCCCCAUUCUCCCUCUUUACAUCACCCCGCCCCAUUCUCCCUCUUUCUAUCACCCAGCCCCAUUCUCCCGCUUUCCAUCACGCCGCCCCAUUCUCCCUCUUUCCAUCACCCCGCCCCAUUCUCCCGCUUUCCAUCACCCCGCCCCAUUCUCCCUCUUUCCAUCACCCCGCCCCAUUCUCCCGCUUUCCAUCACCCCGCCCCAUUCUCCCGCUUUCCAUCACCCCGCCCCAUUCUCCCGCUUUCCAUCACCCCGCCCCAUUCUCUCGCUUCCCAUCACCCCGCCCCAUUCUCCCUCUUUCCCUCACCCAGCCCAUUUCUCCCUCUUUCCAUCACCCAGCCCAUUUCUCCCUCUUUCCAUCACCCCGCCCCCUUCUCCAUCUUUCCAUCACCCCGCCCCAUUCUUCCGCUUUCCAUCACCCCGCCCCAUUCUCCCUCUUUCCAUCACCCCGCCCCAUUCUCCCUCUUUCCAUCACCCCGCCCCAUUCUCCCGCUUUCCAUCACCCCGCCCCAUUCUCCCGCUUUCCAUCACCCAGCCCCAUUCUCCCGCUUUCCAUCACGCCGCCCCAUUCUCCCUCUUUCCAUCACCCCGCCCCAUUCUCCCGCUUUCCAUCACCCCGCCCCAUUUUCCCGCUUUCCAUCACCCCGCCCCAUUCUCCCGCUUUCCAUCACCCCGCCCCAUUCUCUCGCUUCCCGUCACCCCGCCCCAUUCUCCCUCUUUCCCUCACCCAGCCCAUUUCUCCCUCUUUCCAUCACCCAGCCCCAUUCUCCCUCUUUCCAUCACCCAACCCCAUUCUCCCUCUUUCCAUCACCCCGCCCCAUUCUCCCUCUUUCCAUCACCCCGCCCCAUUCUCCCUCUUUCCAUCACCCCGCCCCAUUCUCCCGCUUUCCAUCACCCCACCCCAUUCUCCCGCUUUCCAUCGCCCCAACCCAUUCUUCUGCUUUCCAUCACCCCAACCCAUUCUCCCUCUUUCCAUCACCCCGCCCCAUUCUCCCGCUUUCCAUCACCCCGCCACAUUCUCCCGCUUUCCAUCGCCCUGCCCCAUUCUCCCGCUUUCCAUUGUCCCGCCCCAUUAUCCCACUUUCCAUCGCCCCGCCCCAUUCUCCCUCUUUCUAUCGCCCCGCCCCAUUCUCCCUCUUUCCAUCGCCCCGCCCCAUUCUCUAGAUUUCCGUCACCCUGCCCCAUUCUCGCUCUUUCAAUCGCCCCGCCCUGUUCUCCCGCUUUCCAUCUCCCCGCCCUGUUCUCCCGCUUUCCAUCACCCCGCCCUGUUCUCCCGCGUUCCAUCGCCCCGCCUCAUUCUCCCGCUUUCCAUCUCCCCGCCCCAUUCUCCCUCUUUCCAUCACCCCGCCCCAUUCUCCCGCUUUCCAUCUCCCCGCCCCAUUCUCCCGCUUUCAAUCACCCCGCCCCAUUCUCCCCCUUUCCAUCACCCCGCCCCAUUCUCCCGCUUUCCAUCACCCCGCCCCAUUCUCCCGCUUUCCAUCGCCCCGCCCCAUUCUCCCGCUUUCCAUCGCCCCGCCCCAUUCUCCCGCUUUCCAUCACCCCGCCCCAUUCUCCCGCAUUCAAUCACCCCGCCCCAUUCUCCCGCUUUCCAUCACCCCGCUUCAUUCUCCCACUUUCCAUCGCCCCGCCCCAUUCUCCCGCUUUCCAUCGCCCCGCCCCAUUCUCCCGCUUUCCAUCGCCCCGCCCCAAUCUCCCGCUUUCCAUCACCCCGCCCCAUUCUCCCUCUUUCCAUCGCCCCGCCCCAUUCUGCCUCUUCCCAUCGCCCCGCCCAUUCUCCCGCUUUCCAUCACCCCGCCCAUUCUCCCGCUUUCCAUCACCCCGCCUCAUUCUCCCGCUUUCCUUCGCCCCGCCCCAUUCUCCCGCUUUCCUUCGCCCAGCCCCAUUCUCCCUCUUUCCAUCACCCCGCCCCAUUCUCCCUCUUUCCAUCACCCCGCCCCAUUCUCCCUCGUUCCAUCACCCCGCCCCAUUCUCCCUCUUUCCAUCACCCCGCCCCAUUCUCCCGCUUUCCAUCACCCUGCCCCAUUCUCCCUCUUUCCAUCGCCCCGCCCCAUUCUCCCUCUUUCCAUCGCCCCGCCCCAUUCUCCCUCUUUCCAUCACCCCGCCCCAUUCUCCCGCUUUCCAUCACCCCGCCCCAUUCCCCCUCUUUCCAUCGCCCCGCCCCAUUCUCCCUCUUUCCAUCACCCAGCCCCAUUCUCGCUCUUUCCAUCACCCAACCCCAUUCUCCCUCUUUCCAUCACCCCGCCCCAUUCUCCCUCUUUCCAUCACCCCGCCCCAUUCUCCCUCUUUCCAUCACCCCGCCCCAUUCUCCCUCUUUCCAUCACCCCGCCCCGUUCUCUCGUUUUCCAUCGCCCUGUCCCAUUCUCCCUCUUUCCAUUGCCCCGCCCUAUUUUCCUUCUUUCCAUCACCCCGCCCCAUUCUCCCGCUUUCCAUCACCCCCCCUUAUUCUCCCCCUUUCCAUCACCCCGCCCCGUUCUCCCGCUUUCCAUCACCCCGCCCCGUUCUCCCGCUUUCCAUCACCCCAACCCGUUCUCCCGCUUUCCAUCACCCCGACCCGUUCUCCCGCUUUCCAUCACCCCGCCCUCCCCAUUCUCCCGCUUUCCAUCACGCCGCCCCAUUCUCCCUCUUUCCAUCACCCCGCCCCAUUCUCCCGCUUUCCAUCACCCCGCCCCAUUCUCCCUCUUUCCAUCACCCCGCCCCAUUCUCCCGCUUUCCAUCACCCCGCCCCAUUCUCCCGCUUUCCAUCACCCCGCCCCAUUCUCCCGCUUUCCAUCACCCCGCCCCAUUCUCUCGCUUCCCAUCACCCCGCCCCAUUCUCCCUCUUUCCCUCACCCAGCCCAUUUCUCCCUCUUUCCAUCACCCAGCCCAUUUCUCCCUCUUUCCAUCACCCCGCCCCAUUCUCCAUCUUUCCAUCACCCCGCCCCAUUCUUCCGCUUUCCAUCACCCCGCCCCAUUCUCCCUCUUUCCAUCACCCCGCCCCAUUCUCCCUCUUUCCAUCACCCCGCCCCAUUCUCCCGCUUUCCAUCACCCCGCCCCAUUCUCCCGCUUUCCAUCACCCAGCCCCAUUCUCCCGCUUUCCAUCACGCCGCCCCAUUCUCCCUCUUUCCAUCACCCCGCCCCAUUCUCCCGCUUUCCAUCACCCCGCCCCACUCUCCCACUUUCCAUCACCCCGCCCCAUUCUCCCGCUUUCCAUCACCCCGCCCCAUUCUCUCGCUUCCCAUCACCCCGCCCCAUUCUCCCUCUUUCCCUCACCCAGCCCAUUUCUCCCUCUUUCCAUCACCCAGCCCCAUUCUCCCUCUUUCCAUCACCCAACCCCAUUCUCCCUCUUUCCAUCACCCCGCCCCAUUCUCCCUCUUUCCAUCACCCCGCCCCAUUCUCCCUCUUUCCAUCACCCAGCCCAUUUCUCCCUCUUUCCAUCACCCCGCCCCAUUCUCCAUCUUUCCAUCACCCCGCCCCAUUCUUCCGCUUUCCAUCACCCCGCCCCAUUCUCCCUCUUUCCAUCACCCCGCCCCAUUCUCCCUCUUUCCAUCACCCCGCCCCAUUCUCCCGCUUUCCAUCACCCCGCCCCAUUCUCCCGCUUUCCAUCACCCAGCCCCAUUCUCCCGCUUUCCAUCACGCCGCCCCAUUCUCCCUCUUUCCAUCACCCCGCCCCAUUCUCCCGCUUUCCAUCACCCCGCCCCACUCUCCCACUUUCCAUCACCCCGCCCCAUUCUCCCGCUUUCCAUCACCCCGACCCGUUCUCCCGCUUUCCAUCACCCCGCCCUGUUCUCCCGCUUUCCAUCACCCGCCCCGUUCUCCCGCUUUCCAUCACCCCGCCGCGAUCUCCCGCUUUCCAUCACCACGCCCCAUUCUCCCUCUUUACAUCACCCCGCCCCAUUCUCCCUCUUUCUAUCACCCAGCCCCAUUCUCCCGCUUUCCAUCACGCCGCCCCAUUCUCCCUCUUUCCAUCACCCCGCCCCAUUCUCCCGCUUUCCAUCACCCCGCCCCAUUCUCCCUCUUUCCAUCACCCCGCCCCAUUCUCCCGCUUUCCAUCACCCCGCCCCAUUCUCCCGCUUUCCAUCACCCCGCCCCAUUCUCCCGCUUUCCAUCACCCCGCCCCAUUCUCUCGCUUCCCAUCACCCCGCCCCAUUCUCCCUCUUUCCCUCACCCAGCCCAUUUCUCCCUCUUUCCAUCACCCAGCCCAUUUCUCCCUCUUUCCAUCACCCCGCCCCAUUCUCCAUCUUUCCAUCACCCCGCCCCAUUCUUCCGCUUUCCAUCACCCCGCCCCAUUCUCCCUCUUUCCAUCACCCCGCCCCAUUCUCCCUCUUUCCAUCACCCCGCCCCAUUCUCCCGCUUUCCAUCACCCCGCCCCAUUCUCCCGCUUUCCAUCACCCAGCCCCAUUCUCCCGCUUUCCAUCACGCCGCCCCAUUCUCCCUCUUUCCAUCACCCCGCCCCAUUCUCCCGCUUUCCAUCACCCCGCCCCACUCUCCCACUUUCCAUCACCCCGCCCCAUUCUCCCGCUUUCCAUCACCCCGCCCCAUUCUCUCGCUUCCCAUCACCCCGCCCCAUUCUCCCUCUUUCCCUCACCCAGCCCAUUUCUCCCUCUUUCCAUCACCCAGCCCCAUUCUCCCUCUUUCCAUCACCCAACCCCAUUCUCCCUCUUUCCAUCACCCCGCCCCAUUCUCCCUCUUUCCAUCACCCCGCCCCAUUCUCCCUCUUUCCAUCACCCCGCCCCAUUCUCCCUCUUUCCAUCACCCAGCCCAUUUCUCCCUCUUUCCAUCACCCCGCCCCAUUCUCCAUCUUUCCAUCACCCCGCCCCAUUCUUCCGCUUUCCAUCACCCCGCCCCAUUCUCCCUCUUUCCAUCACCCCGCCCCAUUCUCCCUCUUUCCAUCACCCCGCCCCAUUCUCCCGCUUUCCAUCACCCCGCCCCAUUCUCCCGCUUUCCAUCACCCAGCCCCAUUCUCCCGCUUUCCAUCACGCCGCCCCAUUCUCCCUCUUUCCAUCACCCCGCCCCAUUCUCCCGCUUUCCAUCACCCCGCCCCACUCUCCCACUUUCCAUCACCCCGCCCCAUUCUCCCGCUUUCCAUCACCCCGCCCCAUUCUCUCGCUUCCCAUCACCCCGCCCCAUUCUCCCUCUUUCCCUCACCCAGCCCAUUUCUCCCUCUUUCCAUCACCCAGCCCAAUUCUCCCUCUUUCCAUCACCCAACCCCAUUCUCCCUCUUUCCAUCACCCCGCCCCAUUCUCCCUCUUUCCAUCACCCCGCCCCAUUCUCCCUCUUUCCAUCACCCAGCCCCAUUCUCCCUCUUUCCAUCACCCAACCCCAUUCUCCCUCUUUCCAUCACCCCGCCCCAUUCUCCCUCUUUCCAUCACCCCGCCCCAUUCUCCCUCUUUCCAUCACCCCGCCCCAUUCUCCCUCUUUCCAUCACCCCGCCCCAUUCUCCCUCUUUCCAUCACCCCGUCCCAUUCUCCCUCUUUCCAUUGCCCCGCCCUAUUUUCCUUCUUUCCAUCACCCCGCCCCAUUCUCCCGCUUUCCAUCACCCCCCCUUAUUCUCCCCCUUUCCAUCACCCCGCCCCGUUCUCCCGCUUUCCAUCACCCCGCCCCGUUCUCCCGCUUUCCAUCACCCCAACCCGUUCUCCCGCUUUCCAUCACCCCGACCCGUUCUCCCGCUUUCCAUCACCCCGCCCUGUUCUCCCGCUUUCCAUCACCCGCCCCGUUCUCCCGCUUUCCAUCACCCCGCCGCGAUCUCCCGCUUUCCAUCACCACGCCCCAUUCUCCCUCUUUACAUCACCCCGCCCCAUUCUCCCUCUUUCUAUCACCCAGCCCCAUUCUCCCGCUUUCCAUCACCCCGCUUCAUUCUCCCGCUUUCCAUCGCCCCGCCCCAUUCUCCCGCUUUCCAUCGCCCCGCCCCAUUCUCCCGCUUUCCAUCGACCCGCCCCAAUCUCCCGCUUUCCAUCACCCCGCCCCAUUCUCCCUCUUUCCAUCGCCCCGCCCCAUUCUGCCUCUUCCCAUCGCCCCGCCCAUUCUCCCGCUUUCCAUCACCCCGCCCAUUCUCCCGCUUUCCAUCACCCCGCCUCAUUCUCCCGCUUUCCUUCGCCCCGCCCCAUUCUCCCGCUUUCCUUCGCCCAGCCCCAUUCUCCCUCUUUCCAUCACCCCGCCCCAUUCUCCCUCUUUCCAUCACCCCGCCCCAUUCUCCCUCAUUCCAUCACCCCGCCCCAUUCUCCCUCUUUCCAUCACCCCGCCCCAUUCUCCCGCUUUCCAUCACCCUGCCCCAUUCUCCCUCUUUCCAUCGCCCCGCCCCAUUCUCCCUCUUUCCAUCUACCCGCCCCAUUCUCCCUCUUUCCAUCACCCCGCCCCAUUCUCCCGCUUUCCAUCACCCCGCCCCAUUCCCCCUCUUUCCAUCGCCCCGCCCCAUUCUCCCUCUUUCCAUCACCCAGCCCCAUUCUCGCUCUUUCCAUCACCCAACCCCAUUCUCCCUCUUUCCAUCACCCCGCCCCAUUCUCCCUCUUUCCAUCACCCCGCCCCAUUCUCCCUCUUUCCAUCACCCCGCCCCAUUCUCCCUCUUUCCAUCACCCCGCCCCGUUCUCUCGUUUUCCAUCGCCCCGUCCCAUUCUCCCUCUUUCCAUUGCCCCGCCCUAUUUUCCUUCUUUCCAUCACCCCGCCCCAUUCUCCCGCUUUCCAUCACCCCCCCUUAUUCUCCCCCUUUCCAUCACCCCGCCCCGUUCUCCCGCUUUCCAUCACCCCGCCCCGUUCUCCCGCUUUCCAUCACCCCAACCCGGUCUCCCGCUUUUCAUCACCCCGACCCGUUCUCCCGCUUUCCAUCACCCCGCCCUGUUCUCCCGCUUUCCAUCACCCGCCCCGUUCUCCCGCUUUCCAUCACCCCGCCGCGAUCUCCCGCUUUCCAUCACCACGCCCCAUUCUCCCUCUUUACAUCACCCCGCCCCAUUCUCCCUCUUUCUAUCACCCAGCCCCAUUCUCCCGCUUUCCAUCACGCCGCCCCAUUCUCCCUCUUUCCAUCACCCCGCCCCAUUCUCCCGCUUUCCAUCACCCCGCCCCAUUCUCCCUCUUUCCAUCACCCCGCCCCAUUCUCCCGCUUUCCAUCACCCCGCCCCAUUCUCCCGCUUUCCAUCACCCCGCCCCAUUCUCCCGCUUUCCAUCACCCCGCCCCAUUCUCUCGCUUCCCAUCACCCCGCCCCAUUCUCCCUCUUUCCCUCACCCAGCCCAUUUCUCCCUCUUUCCAUCACCCAGCCCAUUUCUCCCUCUUUCCAUCACCCCGCCCCAUUCUCCAUCUUUCCAUCACCCCGCCCCAUUCUUCCGCUUUCCAUCACCCCGCCCCAUUCUCCCUCUUUCCAUCACCCCGCCCCAUUCUCCCUCUUUCCAUCACCCCGCCCCAUUCUCCCGCUUUCCAUCACCCCGCCCCAUUCUCCCGCUUUCCAUCACCCAGCCCCAUUCUCCCGCUUUCCAUCACGCCGCCCCAUUCUCCCUCUUUCCAUCACCCCGCCCCAUUCUCCCGCUUUCCAUCACCCCGCCCCACUCUCCCACUUUCCAUCACCCCGCCCCAUUCUCCCGCUUUCCAUCACCCCGCCCCAUUCUCUCGCUUCCCAUCACCCCGCCCCAUUCUCCCUCUUUCCCUCACCCAGCCCAUUUCUCCCUCUUUCCAUCACCCAGCCCCAUUCUCCCUCUUUCCAUCACCCAACCCCAUUCUCCCUCUUUCCAUCACCCCGCCCCAUUCUCCCUCUUUCCAUCACCCCGCCCCAUUCUCCCUCUUUCCAUCACCCCGCCCCAUUCUCCCUCUUUCCAUCACCCAGCCCAUUUCUCCCUCUUUCCAUCACCCCGCCCCAUUCUCCAUCUUUCCAUCACCCCGCCCCAUUCUUCCGCUUUCCAUCACCCCGCCCCAUUCUCCCUCUUUCCAUCACCCCGCCCCAUUCUCCCUCUUUCCAUCACCCCGCCCCAUUCUCCCGCUUUCCAUCACCCCGCCCCAUUCUCCCGCUUUCCAUCACCCAGCCCCAUUCUCCCGCUUUCCAUCACGCCGCCCCAUUCUCCCUCUUUCCAUCACCCCGCCCCAUUCUCCCGCUUUCCAUCACCCCGCCCCACUCUCCCACUUUCCAUCACCCCGCCCCAUUCUCCCGCUUUCCAUCACCCCGCCCCAUUCUCUCGCUUCCCAUCACCCCGCCCCAUUCUCCCUCUUUCCCUCACCCAGCCCAUUUCUCCCUCUUUCCAUCACCCAGCCCAAUUCUCCCUCUUUCCAUCACCCAACCCCAUUCUCCCUCUUUCCAUCACCCCGCCCCAUUCUCCCUCUUUCCAUCACCCCGCCCCAUUCUCCCUCUUUCCAUCACCCAGCCCCAUUCUCCCUCUUUCCAUCACCCAACCCCAUUCUCCCUCUUUCCAUCACCCCGCCCCAUUCUCCCUCUUUCCAUCACCCCGCCCCAUUCUCCCUCUUUCCAUCACCCCGCCCCAUUCUCCCUCUUUCCAUCACCCCGCCCCAUUCUCCCUCUUUCCAUCACCCCGUCCCAUUCUCCCUCUUUCCAUUGCCCCGCCCUAUUUUCCUUCUUUCCAUCACCCCGCCCCAUUCUCCCGCUUUCCAUCACCCCCCCUUAUUCUCCCCCUUUCCAUCACCCCGCCCCGUUCUCCCGCUUUCCAUCACCCCGCCCCGUUCUCCCGCUUUCCAUCACCCCAACCCGUUCUCCCGCUUUCCAUCACCCCGACCCGUUCUCCCGCUUUCCAUCACCCCGCCCUGUUCUCCCGCUUUCCAUCACCCGCCCCGUUCUCCCGCUUUCCAUCACCCCGCCGCGAUCUCCCGCUUUCCAUCACCACGCCCCAUUCUCCCUCUUUACAUCACCCCGCCCCAUUCUCCCUCUUUCUAUCACCCAGCCCCAUUCUCCCGCUUUCCAUCACCCCGCUUCAUUCUCCCGCUUUCCAUCGCCCCGCCCCAUUCUCCCGCUUUCCAUCGCCCCGCCCCAUUCUCCCGCUUUCCAUCGACCCGCCCCAAUCUCCCGCUUUCCAUCACCCCGCCCCAUUCUCCCUCUUUCCAUCGCCCCGCCCCAUUCUGCCUCUUCCCAUCGCCCCGCCCAUUCUCCCGCUUUCCAUCACCCCGCCCAUUCUCCCGCUUUCCAUCACCCCGCCUCAUUCUCCCGCUUUCCUUCGCCCCGCCCCAUUCUCCCGCUUUCCUUCGCCCAGCCCCAUUCUCCCUCUUUCCAUCACCCCGCCCCAUUCUCCCUCUUUCCAUCACCCCGCCCCAUUCUCCCUCAUUCCAUCACCCCGCCCCAUUCUCCCUCUUUCCAUCACCCCGCCCCAUUCUCCCGCUUUCCAUCACCCUGCCCCAUUCUCCCUCUUUCCAUCGCCCCGCCCCAUUCUCCCUCUUUCCAUCUACCCGCCCCAUUCUCCCUCUUUCCAUCACCCCGCCCCAUUCUCCCGCUUUCCAUCACCCCGCCCCAUUCCCCCUCUUUCCAUCGCCCCGCCCCAUUCUCCCUCUUUCCAUCACCCAGCCCCAUUCUCGCUCUUUCCAUCACCCAACCCCAUUCUCCCUCUUUCCAUCACCCCGCCCCAUUCUCCCUCUUUCCAUCACCCCGCCCCAUUCUCCCUCUUUCCAUCACCCCGCCCCAUUCUCCCUCUUUCCAUCACCCCGCCCCGUUCUCUCGUUUUCCAUCGCCCCGUCCCAUUCUCCCUCUUUCCAUUGCCCCGCCCUAUUUUCCUUCUUUCCAUCACCCCGCCCCAUUCUCCCGCUUUCCAUCACCCCCCCUUAUUCUCCCCCUUUCCAUCACCCCGCCCCGUUCUCCCGCUUUCCAUCACCCCGCCCCGUUCUCCCGCUUUCCAUCACCCCAACCCGGUCUCCCGCUUUUCAUCACCCCGACCCGUUCUCCCGCUUUCCAUCACCCCGCCCUGUUCUCCCGCUUUCCAUCACCCGCCCCGUUCUCCCGCUUUCCAUCACCCCGCCGCGAUCUCCCGCUUUCCAUCACCACGCCCCAUUCUCCCUCUUUACAUCACCCCGCCCCAUUCUCCCUCUUUCUAUCACCCAGCCCCAUUCUCCCGCUUUCCAUCACGCCGCCCCAUUCUCCCUCUUUCCAUCACCCCGCCCCAUUCUCCCGCUUUCCAUCACCCCGCCCCAUUCUCCCUCUUUCCAUCACCCCGCCCCAUUCUCCCGCUUUCCAUCACCCCGCCCCAUUCUCCCGCUUUCCAUCACCCCGCCCCAUUCUCCCGCUUUCCAUCACCCCGCCCCAUUCUCUCGCUUCCCAUCACCCCGCCCCAUUCUCCCUCUUUCCCUCACCCAGCCCAUUUCUCCCUCUUUCCAUCACCCAGCCCAUUUCUCCCUCUUUCCAUCACCCCGCCCCAUUCUCCAUCUUUCCAUCACCCCGCCCCAUUCUUCCGCUUUCCAUCACCCCGCCCCAUUCUCCCUCUUUCCAUCACCCCGCCCCAUUCUCCCUCUUUCCAUCACCCCGCCCCAUUCUCCCGCUUUCCAUCACCCCGCCCCAUUCUCCCGCUUUCCAUCACCCAGCCCCAUUCUCCCGCUUUCCAUCACGCCGCCCCAUUCUCCCUCUUUCCAUCACCCCGCCCCAUUCUCCCGCUUUCCAUCACCCCGCCCCAUUCUCCCGCUUUCCAUCACCCCGCCCCAUUCUCCCGCUUUCCAUCACCCCGCCCCAUUCUCUCGCUUCCCAUUACCCCACCCCAUUCUCCCUCUUUCCCUCACCCAGCCCAUUUCUCCCUCUUUCCAUCACCCAGCCCCAUUCUCCCUCUUUCCAUCACCCAACCCCAUUCUCCCUCUUUCCAUCACCCCGCCCCAUUCUCCCUCUUUCCAUCACCCCGCCCCAUUCUCCCUCUUUCCAUCACCCCGCCCCAUUCUCCCUCUUUCCAUCACCCCGCUUCGUUCUCUCGUUUUCCAUCGCCCCGUCCCAUUCUCCCUCUUUCCAUUGCCCCGCCCUAUUUUCCUUCUUUCCAUCACCCCGCCCCAUUCUCCCGCUUUCCAUCACCCCCCCUUAUUCUCCCCCUUUCCAUCACCCCGCCCCGUUCUCCCGCUUUCCAUCACCCCGCCCCGUUCUCCCGCUUUCCAUCACCCCAACCCGUUCUCCCGCUUUACAUCACCCCGACCCGUUCUCCCGCUUUCCAUCACCCCGCCCUGUUCUCCCGCUUUCCAUCACCCGCCCCGUUCUCCCGCUUUCCAUCACCCCGCCGCGAUCUCCCGCUUUCCAUCACCACGCCCCAUUCUCCCUCUUUACAUCACCCCGCCCCAUUCUCCCUCUUUCUAUCACCCAGCCCCAUUCUCCCGCUUUCCAUCACGCCGCCCCAUUCUCCCUCUUUCCAUCACCCCGCCCCAUUCUCCCGCUUUCCAUCACCCCGCCCCAUUCUCCCUCUUUCCAUCACCCCGCCCCAUUCUCCCGCUUUCCAUCACCCCGCCCCAUUCUCCCGCUUUCCAUCACCCCGCCCCAUUCUCCCACUUUCCAUCACCCCGCCCCAUUCUCUCGCUUCCCAUCACCCCGCCCCAUUCUCCCUCUUUCCCUCACCCAGCCCAUUUCUCCCUCUUUCCAUCACCCAGCCCAUUUCUCCCUCUUUCCAUCACCCCGCCCCAUUCUCCAUCUUUCCAUCACCCCUCCCCAUUCUUCCGCUUUCCAUCACCCCGCCCCAUUCUCCCUCUUUCCAUCACCCCGCCCCAUUCUCCCUCUUUCCAUCACCCCGCCCCAUUCUCCCGCUUUCCAUCACCCCGCCCCAUUCUCCCGCUUUCCAUCACCCAGCCCCAUUCUCCCGCUUUCCAUCACGCCGCCCCAUUCUCCCUCUUUCCAUCACCCCGUCCCAUUCUCCCGCUUUCCAUCACCCCGCCCCAUUCUCCCGCUUUCCAUCACCCCGCCCCAUUCUCCCGCUUUCCAUCACCCCGCCCCAUUCUCUCGCUUCCCAUCACCCCGCCCCAUUCUCCCUCUUUCCCUCACCCAGCCCAUUUCUCCCUCUUUCCAUCACCCAGCCCCAUUCUCCCUCUUUCCAUCACCCAACCCCAUUCUCCCUCUUUCCAUCACCCCGCCCCAUUCUCCCUCUUUCCAUCACCCCGCCCCAUUCUCCCUCUUUCCAUCACCCCGCCCCGUUCUCUCGCUUUCCAUCGCCCCGUCCCAUUCUCCCUCUUUCCAUCACCCCGCCCUAUUUUCCUUCUUUCCAUCACCCCGCCCCAUUCUCCCGCUUUCCAUCACCCCCCCUUAUUCUCCCCCUUUCCAUCACCCCGCCCCGUUCUCCCGCUUUCCAUCACCCUGCCCCGUUCUCCCGCUUUCCAUCACUCCAACCCGUUCUCCCGCUUUCCAUCACCCCGACCCGUUCUCCCGCUUUCCAUCACCCCGCCCUGUUCUCCCGCUUUCCAUCACCCGCCCCGUUCUCCCGCUUUCCAUCACCCCGCCGCGAUCUCCCGCUUUCCAUCACCACGCCCCAUUCUCCCUCUUUACAUCACCCCGCCCCAUUCUCCCUCUUUCUAUCACCCAGCCCCAUUCUCCCGCUUUCCAUCACGCCGCCCCAUUCUCCCUCUUUCCAUCACCCCGCCCCAUUCUCCCGCUUUCCAUCACCCCGCCCCAUUCUCCCGCUUUCCAUCACCCCGCCCCAUUCUCCCGCUUUCCAUCACCCCGCCCCAUUCUCUCGCUUCCCAUCACCCCGCCCCAUUCUCCCUCUUUCCCUCACCCAGCCCAUUUCUCCCUCUUUCCAUCACCCAGCCCAUUUCUCCCUCUUUCCAUCACCCCGCCCCAUUCUCCAUCUUUCCAUCACCCCGCCCCAUUCUCCCUCUUUCCAUCACCCCGCCCCAUUCUCCCGCUUUCCAUCGCCCCGCCCCAUUCUUCCGCUUUCCAUCACCCCGCCCCAUUCUCCUGCUUUCCAUCACCCCAACCCGUUCUCCCGCUUUCCAUCACCCCGACCCGUUCUCCCGCUUUCCAUCACCCCGCCCUGUUCUCCCGCUUUCCAUCACCCGCCCCGUUCUCCCGCUUUCCAUCACCCCGCCGCGAUCUCCCGCUUUCCAUCACCACGCCCCAUUCUCCCUCUUUACAUCACCCCGCCCCAUUCUCCCUCUUUCUAUCACCCAGCCCCAUUCUCCCGCUUUCCAUCACGCCGCCCCAUUCUCCCUCUUUCCAUCACCCCGCCCCAUUCUCCCGCUUUCCAUCACCCCGCCCCAUUCUCCCGCUUUCCAUCACCCCGCCCCAUUCUCCCGCUUUCCAUCACCCCGCCCCAUUCUCUCGCUUCCCAUCACCCCGCCCCAUUCUCCCUCUUUCCCUCACCCAGCUCAUUUCUCCCUCUUUCCAUCACCCAGCCCAUUUCUCCCUCUUUCCAUCACCCCGCCCCAUUCUCCAUCUUUCCAUCACCCCGCCCCAUUCUCCCUCUUUCCAUCACCCCGCCCCAUUCUCCCGCUUUCCAUCGCCCCGCCCCAUUCUUCCGCUUUCCAUCACCCCGCCCCAUUCUCCCUCUUUCCAUCACCCCGCCCCAUUCUCCCGCUUUCCAUCACCCCGCCCCAUUCUCCCGCUUUCCAUCGCCCUGCCCCAUUCUCCCGCUUUCCAUCGUCCCGCCCCAUUCUCCAACUUUCCAUCGCCCCGCCCCAUUCUCCCUCUUUCCAUCGCCCCACCCCAUUCUCCCUCUUUCUAUCGCCCCGCCCCAUUCUCCCUCUUUCCAUCGCCCCGCCCCAUUCUCCAGCUUUCCGUCACCCUGCCCCAUUCUCCCUCUUUCAAUCGCUCCGCCCUGUUCUCCCGCUUUCCAUCGCCCCGCCCUGUUCUCCCGCUUUCCAUCACCCCGCCCUGUUCUCCCGCGUUCCAUCACCCGCCCCAUUCUCCCGCUUUCCAUCACCCCGCCCCAUUCUCCCGCUUCCCAUCACCCCGCCUUAUUCUCCCUCUUUCCAUCGCCCCGCCCCAUUCUCCCUCUUUCCAUCGCCCCGCCUCAUUCUCCCGCUUUCCAUCUCCCCGCCCCAUUCUCCCUCUUUCCAUCACCCCGCCCCAUUCUCCCGCUUUCCAUCUCCCCGCCCCAUUCUCCUGCUUUCAAUCACCCCGCCCCAUUCUCCCGCUUUCCAUCACCCCGCCCCAUUCUCCCGCUUUCCAUCACCCCGCCCCAUUCUCCCGCUUUCCAUCGCCCCGCCCCAAUCUCCCGCUUUCCAUCACCCCGCCCCAUUCUCCCUCUAUCCAUCGCCCCGCCCCAUUCUCAUGCUUUCCAUCGCCCCGCCCCAUUCUCCCUCUUUCCAUCACCCCGCCCCAUUCUCCCGCUUUCCAUCGCCCCGCCCCAUUCUCCCUCUUUCAAUGGCCUGGCCCAUUCUCCCGCUUUCCAUCGCCCCGCCUCAUUCUCCCUCUUUCCAUCGCCCCGCCCCAUUCUCCCGCUUUCCAUCGCCCCUCCCCAUUCUCCCUCUUUCCAUCACCCAGCCCCAUUCUCCCUCUUUCCAUCACCCAGCCCCAUUCUCCCACUUUCCAUCACCCCGCCCCAUUCUCCCUCUUUCCAUCACCCCGCCCCAUUCUCCCGCUUUCCAUCACCCCGCCCCAUUCUCCCUCUUUCCAUCGCCCCGCCCCAUUCUCCCUCUUUCUUGCCCCGCCCCAUUCUCCCUCUUUCCAUCGCCCCGCCCUAUUUUCCCGCUUUCCAUCUCCCUGCCCCAUUCUCCCUCUUUCCAUCACCCCGCCCCAUUCUCCCGCUUUCCAUCACCCAGCCCCAUUCUCCCUCUUUCCAUCAGCCCGCCCCAUUCUCCCUCUUUCCAUCACCCCGCCCCAUUCUCCCUCUUUCCAUCACCCCGCCCCAUUCUCCCUCUUUCCAUCACCCCGCCCCAUUCUCCCGCUUUCCAUCACCCCGCCCCAUUCUCCCUCUUUCCAUCGCCCCGCCCCAUUCUCCCUCUUUCCAUCACCCCGCCCCAUUCUCCCGCUUUCCAUCACCCCGCCCCAUUCCCCCUCUUUCCAUCGCCCCGCCCCAUUCUCCCUCUUUCCAUCACCCAGCCCCAUUCUCCCUCUUUCCAUCAGCCAACCCCAUUCUCCCUCUUUCCAUCACCCCGCCCCAUUCUCCCUCUUUCCAUCACCCCGCCCCAUUCUCCCUCUUUCCAUCACCCCGCCCCAUUCUCCCUCUUUCCAUCACCCCGCCCCGUUCUCUCGCUUUCCAUCGCCCCGUCCCAUUCUCCCUCUUUCCAUUGCCCCGCCCCAUUCUCCCACUUUCCAUCACCCCGCCGCAUUCUCUAUCUUUCCAUCACCCCGCCCCGUUCUCCCUCUUUCCAUUACCCCGCCCCGUUCUCCCGCUUUCCAUCACCCCGCCCCAUUCUCCCUCUUUCCAUCACCCCGUUCCAUUCUCUCUCUUUCCAUCACCCCGCCCCAUUCUCCCGCUUUCCAUCACCCCGCCCCAUUCUCCCUCUUUCCAUCGCCCCGCCCCAUUCUCCCUCUUUCCAUCACCCCGCCCCAUUCUCCCGCUUUCCAUCACCCCGCCCCAUUCCCCCUCUUUCCAUCGCCCCGCCCCAUUCUCCCUCUUUCCAUCACCCAGCCCCAUUCUCCCUCUUUCCAUCACCCAUCCCCAUUCUCCCUCUUUCCAUCACCCUGCCCCAUUCUCCGUCUUUCCAUCACCCCGCCCCAUUCUCCCUCUUUCCAUCACCCCGCCCCAUUCUCCCUCUUUCUAUCACCCCGCCCCGUUCUCUCGCUUUCCAUCGCCCCGUCCCAUUCUCCCUCUUUCCAUUGCCCCGCCCCAUUCUCCCACUUUCCAUCACCCCGCCCCAUUCUCUAUCUUUCCAUCACCCCGCCCCGUUCUCCCUCUUUCCAUUACCCCGCCCCGUUCUCCCACUUUCCAUCAGCUCUGA